AUGGCCUACAGACUCGUAUUCUUCAUGGCAGCUCUGGCCACUGCACAGCAGACACGGCUUCGACUGGCUCCCGAGGGCAAGUUCGCUGGCAUGGGACUUGAUCCAGGAUGCGAGUCUGUUCUGUACCAAGAGCUCAACUGUCCUGUCCUCGUUGGCGAGCUCGGGACGACAAGCUAUCAUGGUACUAUCGGAGACAAGGCCACCACUGACGCUGCCUGUGCGGCUGCGUGCUCGACCGCACUGAGCACGGCACGCAGACGUAUCGUGGGGGCAUGCACCAAAACGCCUGACCUGGUCCCAGGAUAUCCCAUUGUGGCCCUGGUUGACUCAAUCCAAACGGGCUGGAAUGAGACUUGCCAGAAAGACAAAGAAACGGGGCAGUACUGCAACACCAUCAUUGACUCUUUCAAGGAGGUCGCGGAGCUCGGCGACAUGGCUCGUGAAGAUCUUUGCUCGUACUGCUUCGGUGCCAGGCUGAGGAUGAUGCAAAGCUCUCCCUACUCGGCCUACGAGGAGCUGUAUGCUGAGAUGUUGGAUUUUGUGAACAAAGAGUGCAGUGUCAACAGCCCCAUUGAAAUCCUCCCCAACCCGAUCAACAUCAAUUAUACUCAGGACGCCCGCUGCGAGCCGGAGAGAAGGUACAAGACUCAAGCCACCGAUACAUGCGACAGCAUUGCAAAGAAAUACUCCGUGUCUGGCGCAACGCUAUACUACCUCAAUCCCGAGCUGAGCAACUGCACCGCCCCGUCAGCCGGCAUCGAGCUUUGCCUCCCCGACCAGUGCGACACUACAUACACGGUGCAGUCUGCCGAAGAGAGCUGCGUGGAAGUGGCUGUCGACCAUGGGACCUCGUGGAGAAACAUCGUGGACUGGAACCCAGGCCUAGACACGCGGUGCUCUAAUCUCUGGAGCACAAGCCCGUUCUGGGGCCGAACCAUAUGCGUGAGUGCUCCUGGAGGCGAGUUCGUCCCCCCGCCACCGUCCAACUCCUCCACGCCAGGCAACGGAAACAUCGGAGGGCCUGGAGGCUCUGGAGAUGGGUACGCCGACACCAUUGUUAAUCCUCCAGCGGGUGUGACGGUGGCCAAAGGAACGACGAUCCGCUGUGGCGAGUACAUCGAGGCCGUAGAGGGUAUUGGCUGCGAGACCAUGCUGGCUAGGAACGCGGUCCCGAUGGGCCUCUUUUUGCAAGUCAACCCGUCUCUUGGUGAGCUGGCUAUUGAGUGCUCCGACAAGCUGGUCAUAGGUACUUGGUACUGCAUCCAUCCUCAUCGCUCAUGGAACGACACCGUUGUCGAUGAAUAA